GUGCCGUUCCUUCAGAACGAUAUGCAGGUGGAGGUAGCCAGCUGGCUGGUUGGUGAAGGGGCAUUUGGGAUCUUGUUAGCUUAUUCCAAGCUCAAACAUAUAUCCAUCUAUCGAUCUCUACAACUCGUCCUAGAACAUGAGUGACAUCGACUUCAGCUUUGAGUCCGUCGGCCAAUCUAUCUGUCCGUCCUCCUCCCUGUAAGGAUACACCUACAUACCCAUUCUCUUCCACUCUACCCGAUUAAAACACACAUCAAUCAUCAAUCAUCAACCUCCAAUAUGUCCUGUCCACAAUGUUUCUCCGGCCAUGUCAAUCCAGGUACACCGCUUGGACGAAUCGAAACCAUCCAUGGCCGACAAACCUACAUCGCAGAACCACCCGAUGGCAAACCGCCUAAAGGUAUCGUGGUGAUUCUUCAUGAUGCUUUUGGACUUCCAUUUGUCAACAAUCAGAUUUUGGCCGAUCAUUAUGCUUCGUUGGGCCAGUAUUUGGUUUAUCUUCCUGAUUUUUUGGAUGGUACCCAAGCAUCUGUCAAAACCAUGACAAAUAUGGCACUUUUAUUCGAUAAAAAGACAUCAUGGUUAUGGGCACCCUACUACUUGAUAUCCGUGGCCCUCGACCUCGGGCCAUUCCUAAUCCGCAAUCGGCCGACCGUCGCCUGGCCCAAAAUCACCAGCUGGUUCAAAUCCCUCCGCGAAGACAAAUCCCUCGACCUCCCCAUCGGCGUCGCGGGGUUCUGUUGGGGAGGACUCUAUUCCAUCAUGCUCAGUCAAAACGCCGCCGAGUCUCGAACUUCAAGCGGUCAAGCACUAGCAGAUGCAUUUUUCGGUGCUCAUGUAAGUAAUGUGACCGUGCCGCAGGAUAUCGAAAAGGUGACGUUGAAUUUUUCACUUGCCACGGGUGAUGAUGAUGCAGUUAUGGAUAUGAAACAGGUUAAACAGGUGCAGGAGGUGUUGAAGAGGAAAGAAGGGAGUGUGGAUUCAGAGGUGGUGAUUUAUCCGGGUGCGAAACAUGGAUUUGCGGUGCGUGCGAGUAGAGCAGAGCCGGAUUCGCAGGAGACGAAACAGGCGGAAGAGGCGGAAAAACAGGCGAUUGCGUGGUUUCAGAGACAGUUUGAGAAGGUUAAGAGGGGGGAAUCGUCUUAGGUGAGGCGAGAAGAGAUGAUGGGUUGAUGCAAUCGUGGCGGUUCAUGAGUGCUGUGGAAUGGGAACUUGUUCUUCUCACUCGAGGUAAAGGUGCUGAUUGGGAUUGGAAGAGGAGAACGGUAAAUUGUAUUUCCUUUGGUUUUUGCGACGAACUUGAGUAUGAGGAAUUAAUGACCUUGGUCGAGGUCAAAUACAUUCGAGUGCGUCCAAGUGGAUCUUCGCAGA